AUGGCAGCCAGUGGGAAGACAAGUAAGUCUACACAAAAUGUCAUCUUCAAGAAGGUCUCCCGGGACAAGUCGGUAAGUGGAUAGGAAGUGACUAUCUACCUGGGGAAGAGAGACUACCUAGAUCAAGUCACCCAAGUAGAACCUGUGGAUGGAGUCGUGUUGGUCGAUCCCGAGCUCCUCCAGGGAAAGAAAGUUUUCGUCUCUCUGACCUGUGCCUUCCGCUAUGGCCAGGAAGACAUCGACGUGAUUGGCCUAACCUUCCGCAGGGACCUGUAUUUCUCUCGGGUCCAGGUGUACCCUCCUGUGGGGGCUGCAAGUGCUCCCACGAAACUGCAGGAGAGUCUGCUCAAGAAGCUGGGGGCCAACACCUACCCCUUUCUGCUCACGUUUCCUGACCAUCUGCCCUGCUCAGUCAUGCUGCAGCCAGCCCCACAAGAUGUGGGAAAGUGCUGUGGGGUCGACUUUGAGGUCAAAGCAUUCGCCGCAGACAGUGCAGACAGUGAAGAGGACAAAAUUUCCAAAAAGGCCUCUGUACGCCUGCUAAUCCGUAAGGUACAGCACGCUCCAUCCGAGAUGGGCCCCCAGCCCCAAGCCGAGGCGGCCUGGCAGUUCUUCAUGUCGGACAAGCCCCUGCACCUGGCAGUCUCCCUCAGCAAAGAGAUUUAUUUCCACGGGGAGCCCAUUCCUGUGACCGUGACUGUGACCAAUAACACAGAGAAGACAGUGAAGAAGAUGAAGGUGUUAGUGGAACAAGUGGCCAAUGUGGUCCUCUACUCGAGCGACUACUAUACCAAACCCGUGGCUAUGGAGGAAACACAAGAGAAAGUGCCCCCAAACAGCACUUUGACCAAGACACUGACCCUGUUGCCCUUGCUGGCCAACAAUCGCGAGAGGCGGGGCAUCGCCCUGGACGGGAAGAUCAAACAUGAGGACACGAACCUGGCCUCCAGCACCAUCAUUAAGGAGGGCAUAGACCGGACCGUCAUGGGGAUCCUGGUGUCCUACCAGAUCAAGGUGAAGCUCACGGUGUCAGGUGAAGUGGCCACGGAGGUGCCGUUCCGCCUCAUGCACCCCCAGCCUGGGGACCCAGCAAAGGAAAGUUUUCAGGAUGAAAAUUUGGUUUUUGAGGAGUUUGCUCGCCAAAAUCUGAAAGAUGUGGUCGAAACUGAGCAACGGGAGAAAGAUGAGGAGGCCACCAAUGAUGAAUGA